CUCCUUUAAAUCUCUCUCUCACUCACACACACUCACUCUCUCUCUCUCUCUCUCUCUCUCUCACACACACACUCACUCCCUCUCUUCACUCUCUCUCUCUCUCACUCACACACACUCACUCUCCUCUCUCUCUCUCUCUCUCUCACACACCACUCACUCACUCACUCCCUUUCCUCCCAGUCUCUGUCAAUAGAGCACAACUCCAUAACCAAGGUUCCAAUAGGAGUAUUGUCAAAGGCAGUGGAGUUGACGUCUCUCAAUCUGAGAGACAACCAACUCUCCACCUUACCUCUCGAUUUCGGGACCUGGACGAUGUUAACAGAGCUAGAUCUUGGGACCAACCAACUCUCGUCUAUCCCAGAAGACAUCCAGGAGCUAACUCGACUCGAGACACUCGUCCUCUCCAACAACACUAUAAAAACUCUGCCGAAGGGGAUAUCUUCUCUGAGGAGUCUGCGGGUGUUGGAUCUGGAGGGGAACAGGUUGGAGUACCUUGCCACUGAGAUCAGCUACCUAAGAGAGCUCACCAAACUGAACGUCCAGUCCAAUCGCAUCAAUAGUCUCCCCAGGGGCCUCGGGUUGUUACUGAACCUCCAACACCUCAGUGCAGGCGAGAACAAUCUACUGGAAAUACCAGCUGAGAUAGGUACUCUGGAGAACCUGGAGGAGCUGUACAUCAACGACAACCCCAACCUGCAGACCCUGCCCUAUGAACUGGCCCUCUGCAAGAAGCUUGCCCUCAUGAGUGUGGAGGGCUGUCCGCUCACAAGACUCCCUCCACACGUCGUCGACGGGGGACCCUCCUCAAUUAUCCAGCAUCUCAAGUACCAGGGUCCUUAUCGUGGCCUACACUGACUUGAACUUUGCACCCUGUUGCCAUGCCUACUACUGUGUGCAUCACAACAACACGAAAUGAUAUUAUUUUGUUAUUGAGUUUGUAACUAUCUAUUCUGCACCCUUUUGUUUAGUUAGUUUUUCACCCUCAAAUAGUACUUUUUGUACCGCUGGUGUGCGAUUCAAUCAUGUAACAUGUCCAUUUGUUAGAUACAUACAUGAUUACGAUUGAUUUCUUGUUUACUGCGCAUGCCUAUGGAUAGGAUGCUGUGUAUUGUAUAUAACUCCUGCUACAUUAUUAUUGUUGACACUUUACCUAAACACCAGUGGGGUCCACACUCCACUCUUUGAACUUAUUCUUUGGGCC